AUCAUUGUUAGUCAGCAAAUUUUUUUCUUAUUAAAUAAUAAUUAUGCUUAUGCAUUGUGUAAGUUGUAAUAACUUUUUAUUUUAAUAAUUUUUGACUAACCGUUUUAUUCUUGAGUGAUAAACAACUGUUAUAAAGUAACUCGUAUAGCUUUUUCAACAAAAAAUCUAAAUUUGCAAUUACAAUGAGUUUAUCUAAGAAACGUGCUGUGCUAUCUUAUAUGGAUAUUAUUGAUUUAAUUAAGCAUUGCAAGUUUGAGAAGAUACCAUUUUAUGAAAAUAUUAAAGAGAUAGUUAAGUUAACUCCUCUAAGAGGCAUUGUUGAACAGUGUACACUAGUAAUAAUAGACCGUCCUAGAGAUAUGGUAGAACAAGAAUUUUUACUGAGAAUGACUGUUGACCAAAUUAACACAAUAGCUUUAAAUUGUGAUAUUUCAAACCCAAAACAAAAAUAUCUUUAUCAAUUCCAAAUUCGAAUAUGUCAAAUAGGAUUAGGAUGUUCUGAGGUUACAGAUGAAUUUCCCGAUAAACUUUUUAUUCGAGUUGGAACUAAAACUUGGUCAUAUACUGUUCCUGAUAAACAAUUUAAAAAGAAAAAAUUUGGGCAUCCUAUUUAUUGUACUGAAGAAAUAAAAUUAUGUCCUUAUGUCACAAACUCGAUUAAAAUUAAUUGGGUUCCUAAUGGAAAACAUUACGCCAUUGAAAUGAACAUUGUUAAAAAAAUAAGUGCAGAUACUUUAAUAGAAAAACUUCUAGGUAAAGAAGGAAGGAGUUCUGAAGAUACAAAAAAUGAAAUUAUUAAUAAAUUGACUGAUGUUGAUCCAGAUUUGGCAACUACAUCUAAUCAUUUUUCUUUGUUAUGUCCAUUGACUAAAACUAGAAUGAAUUUACCUGCAAAAUCUAUCAACUGUGAUCAUAUAAAAUGUUUUGAUGCAAGUACAUUCAUUAAAUUAAAUGAGCUAAAUGUAACAUGGCUUUGCCCAAUUUGUCGUGUAUCUUGUUUGUAUGACGAGAUAAAAGUAGAAAAUUAUUUUUUGGAAAUUGUGAAAAGCUCUAGACUUGAAGAUGGUGACAGUGAAAUUGUAAUUCAUAAUGAUGGAUCAUGGGAGAAAGUUUUAAACACACUUAAUACACUUGUCACUGAAGUAAAACAUAUUGAUUUUAUGGAUUUGGAUAGCGACGAUGAAGAAUCUAUUGAACCAAAAAAAGAAUCUAGAGCAGAAUAUUCAAAACUUUCGGAAUUUAUUGACUUGGUUGAUGAAGAUGAUGAACCACCAAAAAAAAAAUUAAAUCUUAAAAUUAUGAUCAAGUAGUUGCUGCUAGACAGUCAGUUACUGCAAUUAACUUACUAUAAGUUGGUAUCAGCUCUAAAAAAAAAGAAGUUUUUCUUAUUAUUAUUGUUGUAAGCAAAUCAUCAUAAAUAAGAUGUAUGUAUUUUUUAUUUUUGUAAUUUUUAUGUACAUAUUUUUUUCUAUUUAUGUAAGUACAUACUAUCGAAGUGAUUAUGGUGUAGAGUGUAAACUGUAGAGUCAAUAGUUCGAUGUAAGACAUAAAUAUUUCCGAAUUAUAAAUUAAUAAAUAUAAAAAUAUCAAUA